AUGCGUGAGAUUCUUCAUAUCCAGGGAGGACAGUGCGGAAACCAAAUCGGUUCCAAGUUCUGGGAAGUGGUUAACUGCGAGCACGGCAUCGACCAGACGGGACGUUACCAGGGUGAUUCCGAUCUUCAGCUCGAGAGGGUUAAUGUGUACUACAACGAGGCGAGUUGUGGGAGGUACGUGCCUCGCGCCGUUCUCAUGGAUUUGGAGCCUGGAACCAUGGACAGCGUCAGAUCUGGGCCCUACGGUCAGAUCUUCCGUCCCGAUAACUUCGUCUUCGGUCAGUCCGGAGCCGGAAACAACUGGGCUAAAGGUCACUACACCGAGGGAGCCGAGCUCAUCGACUCCGUCCUCGAUGUCGUCCGCAAAGAGGCCGAGAACUGUGACUGCCUCCAAGGAUUCCAGGUGUGCCAUUCGCUAGGAGGAGGAACUGGUUCUGGAAUGGGAACUUUGUUGAUAUCGAAGAUCAGAGAGGAGUACCCAGACCGUAUGAUGCUGACAUUCUCUGUGUUCCCAUCUCCCAAGGUCUCUGACACCGUCGUUGAGCCAUACAACGCAACACUCUCUGUGCAUCAGCUCGUUGAGAACGCUGAUGAGUGUAUGGUUCUUGACAACGAAGCCUUGUAUGACAUUUGCUUCCGUACUCUCAAGCUUAGCACUCCAAGCUUUGGUGAUCUGAACCAUUUGAUCUCUGCGACCAUGUCCGGUGUAACCUGCUGUCUAAGGUUCCCUGGUCAGCUAAACUCUGAUCUCCGGAAGCUAGCUGUGAACCUGAUCCCAUUCCCUCGCCUUCACUUCUUCAUGGUUGGAUUCGCUCCACUCACAUCUCGCGGAUCUCAGCAGUACCGUAACCUCACCGUUCCAGAACUCACCCAGCAAAUGUGGGACGCCAAGAACAUGAUGUGUGCUGCUGACCCGAGACACGGUCGUUACCUCACCGCCUCAGCCAUGUUCCGCGGCAAGAUGAGCACCAAAGAAGUCGACGAACAGAUGCUCAACGUGCAGAACAAGAACUCCUCCUACUUCGUGGAAUGGAUCCCGAACAACGUCAAAUCCACCGUCUGUGACAUCCCACCGACCGGUCUGAAGAUGGCUUCGACGUUCAUUGGUAACUCCACGUCGAUCCAGGAGAUGUUCAGGCGUGUCAGCGAGCAGUUCACUGCUAUGUUCAGGAGGAAAGCUUUCUUGCAUUGGUACACUGGUGAAGGCAUGGACGAGAUGGAGUUCACUGAAGCAGAGAGCAACAUGAACGAUCUUGUCUCUGAGUAUCAGCAGUAUCAAGAUGCUACGGCUGAUGAAGAAGGAGAGUAUGAAGACGAAGAUGCUGAGUACGAGCAAGAAGAAACUUAUUGA